GUCAGUUGUCAAAAAAAUUGUUGAUUUAUUAUUUGCUAUUUAGUAAUACCUAAUAACAAAUCCAUUUUUGUUUACAAAGUAUAAUUUUGUCAUUAAAUUUUAUAGUAUAUUAUUUAACUAUGGGUCUAUUCGGUAAAUCACCAGAACGGAAUCCAAAAGAAAUGGUAAACGAGUGGUCUCAUAAGUUAAGAAAAGAGGGAUAUAAUUUAGACAGGCAAAUACGAGCAAUUCAAAGGGAAGAAGAAAAAAUUAAAAGAUCUUUAAAAGAAGCAGCAUCUAAAAGUGAUAAACAAGUUUGCACUAUACUGGCCAAAGAAAUAAUCAGGUCUAGAAAAGCAAUAAGUAAAAUAUAUACUAGUAAAGCACAUUUAAAUUCUGUGCAGAUGCAAAUGAAGAAUCAACUUGCAACAUUACGGGUUGCUGGUUCUUUACAAAAAUCAACUGAGGUAAUGCAAGCUAUGCAGGCACUGCUUAGGUUACCAGAGAUCGCCCAAACAAUGCAAGAUUUGAGUAAAGAAAUGAUGAAAGCUGGUAUUAUUGAGGAAAUGGUAGAUGAAACUAUGUCUGGCAUGGAAGAUGAAGAAGAAAUGGAGGAAGCAGCCCAGAGUGAAGUUGACAAGGUGCUAUGGGAACUAACUCAAGGCAAGCUGGGUGAAGCGCCGGCUCCGCCCACGGCCGUGGGAGCUCCUUCAACAAGUCAAGAGGUCACUGAGGAACCGGAUGAAAGUGAACUAGAUGAGAUGCAAUCAAGAUUACAGGCUUUACGUUCAUAGAUACGAAGAAUACACUGGAAAAAAUGCCUUAAUAGAUAUCGCGUUUGUAUGCAUUAUAUUGGAAAGAUUUUGAGCACUAUUUUUAAGUAGUAUGAAGCGUGGCUGGCUACAUUUUAGUAUAUCAUUUAAAUCCUCGAUAAUUUAUCCCUUUCCAAUCCUAUUCCUAGUUCUCAGCCCCGCCUUAUUUAACUUAAUGUAUUAAAGAUAUGUUGUGCGUUAUUUAUUUUGAACUUUAUACAUGUUAUAAAAGGACUAAGAUCUUUAACGAAAGUAUUUACAGAAAUCGAAUGUUAUAGAUUUUAAAACAAUAUCUAAAGGUAUUUUCACUUUUUGUUUUGGAUUUAAAAAUGUGUUUAAUUUCACUUCUAAAGAUGGUAUGAAAGCUAUACUGAGAAAUUACUACACAUUGACAAUUGUUGAUAUAGUGGCAUGAAAACUAUUUGCUAUUUUGUGUUGCGUUGCGUUUCUAUAAUAAAAUUUCAAUUGUUUUAAUGUCACGAGAACUAAAAUUUUAAUAUACGAAUAUUUUGUCCAAUUUAAUAAUUGCUUAUUAAUAAUAAUAAAGGCUACAUUUUUAAAUCCAUAAAAACAUAUUUUGAGCAGCGCCUAAACUUAAUAAAAUUAUGUGGCAGAUGCAAUGUAAUAUUAACAGCUUAUU